GAGAGGUAACCCUUCAGGCUUAAUAGCGUCCCGCCAACCUGCCCGCUUUGCGCAGGCGCGGCCAGGGAUCCAGGCAGCGACUGGGAGCUAGGUGUAGGGGGUGUGGCCAAAGGGCUGUGGGGUCUCUCGCGCUGGGGGGGCAUAGAUGGCUGUACACCGACUCUAGAGACUUCAAAUAACGUGGAGAUGUUUCGACCUUCAGGUUCCACUGGGCUGAUUCCCCCAUCCCACUUCCAAGUUCGGCCCCUUCCAACACUGCCGAGAAUGGCUCCCACAUGGGCCUCAGACACUCCCCUGGUCCAGCGCCCAACCCAUCAAGAUGUUUUAGAGAGGCGGCCAGACAACCAGAGACCUCAAGUGACCAUGUGGGAACAGGAAGUUUCUGGCAAAGGGCAGGAACCAGAAUGGAGAGGCAGGUGCACGGAACUGGCAGGGUCACAGGCCCUGAGUCAGCAGGCUGAGCUGAUCUCUCGACAGCUGCGAGAGCUGCGGCGGCUGGAGGAAGAGGUCCGGGUGCUACGGGAGACCUCGCUGCAGCAGAAGCUGAGGCUGGAGGCUCAGGCCGUGGAGCUGGAGGCACUGGCACGGGCGGAGAAGGCUGGCCGCGCUGAGGCUGAGGGCCUGCGUGCCGCUCUGGCUGGGGCCGAGGUUGUCCGAAAGAACCUGGAAGAAGGGAGCCAGCGGGAGCUGGAGGAGGUUCAGAGGCUGCACCAAGAACAGCUCUCUUCCUUGACCCAGGCUCACCAGGAGGCCCUUUCCAGUUUGACCAGCAAAGCUGGGAGCCUGGAGAAGUCUCUGAAUAAUCUGGAAACCCGAAGGUCAGGGGAAGCCAAGGAGCUGGCUGCGGCCCAGAGGGAGGCCGAGCUGCUGCGGAAGCAGCUGAGCAAGACCCAAGAGGACUUGGAGGCUCAGAUGACCUUAGUUGAGAACCUGAGGAGGUAUGUGGGGGAGCAAGUCCCUCCGGAGGUCCGCAGCCAGGCAUGGGAAUCAGAGCGACAGGAGCUUCUAGAAACCGUCCAGCACCUGCAGGAGGACCGGGACAGCUUGCACACCACCACCGAGCUGCUGCAGGUGCGCGUGCAGAGCCUCACACACAUCCUCUGCAUGCAGGAGGAGGAGCUGGCCCGGAAGGUUCAGCCUUCAGACUGCCUGGAGCCCGAGUUCACCAAGAAGUGCCAGUCCCUGUUGAAGCGCUGGCGAGAGAAGGUGUUUGCCCUCAUGGUGCAGCUGAAGGCCCAGGAGCUGGAACACAGAGAAUGCGUGGAGCGACUGAAGGGACAGCUGGCAGAGCUCCAGGAAAGAGUGGAAGCCCAGUGCCAGGAGCAGGCCAUCCUGCAGCGCUCCCUGCAGGACAAAGCUGCCGAGGCGGAGGUGGAGCGGAUGGGCGCCAAGGCCCUGCAGAUGGAGCUGAGCCGCGUUCAGGAGGCCCGGCGCCGCAGGAAGCAGCAGGCAGCCCCAGCGGAGGAGCAGCUGAGGCUUGUGGCCAAUGCUGUCAGCAGCUUUCAGACCUGGCUCCAGGGCACUGUGGCCGAGGUGGAACGCGCCGCAGCCCAGCUACCCAGCCUCAGCAGCCGAGUCAGCUACGCCGUCCGCAAGGUCCACACCAUUCGGGGCCUGAUGGCUCGAAAAGUGGCCCUUGCUCAGCUGCGCCAGGAGAGCUGCCCGGCACCUCCACCGACCACAGACAUGAGCCUUGAGUUGGAGCAGCUGCGGGAGGAGCGGAACCGUCUGGACGCAGAACUGCAGCUGAGUGCCCACAUCAUCCAGCAGGAGGUGGGCCGGGCCCGGGAGCAAGGGGAGGCAGAGCGGCAGAAGCUGAGCGAGGUGGCCCAGCAGCUGGAGCAGGAGCUGCAGCGCACGCAGGAGUCCCUGGCCAGCCUGGGGCUACAGCUGGAGGCGGCUCGCCAGGGCCAGCAGGAGAGCACAGCAGAGGCUGCCAGCCUCCGGAAGGAGUUGACCCAGCAGCAGGAGAUCUAUGGGCAAGCGCUGCAGGAGAAGGUGGCCGAAGUGGAAGGUCGGCUGCGGGAACAGCUCUCAGAAUCAGAGAGGAGACUGAACGAAGCUCGUAGGGAACACACCAAGGCUGUGGUCUCCCUACGCCAGAUCCAGCGCAAAGCCACCCGGGAAAAGGAGCGGAACCAGGAGCUCCGGCGCCUGCAGGAUGAGGCCCGGAAGGAGGAGGGGCAGCGGCUGACCCAACGCCUGAAGGAGCUGGAGAGGGACAAGAACCUCAUGCUGGCCACCUUGCAGCAGGAGGGUCUCCUCUCCCGUUACAAGCAGCAGCGACUGUUGGCAGUCCUUCCCUCCCCAUCGGAUAAGGGCGUACCUGUGGAGCCCAGCCCGAAGCCCUCAGAGUCGUCAGCACCCACACCCCCGGCAGCGGCCGUCUGCACCAAGGAGUCCAUCAAAGGAUCCCUUUCUGUCUUGCUCGACGACCUGCAGGGCCUGAGUGAGGCCAUUUCCAAAGAGGAAGCCAUUUGUGAAGGGGACAGCCAGACCUCUUCUUCAGUUUGCCUCUGACCAGCUGUGAGGACCAGGAGGAUGAGGAUGGAAGGGGAAUGGGUCGGGAAGGGGACUUCCUCCAGCCGCCCGUGGGGACACCAGCCGCCAAGAUGUCAUGAAUUCUCCCGUGGCUCAAUAAA